GCUACGCGAUCCAUUUGUACUGAAAAUCAAACCCUAAAAAAGUUGUAGGAAGAAGACGAAGAAAAUGUUUAAGAAAUUCUCCACUGAAGAAGUUUCUGGACAAAAUCAAGUUAAGGCAUCUGUUCAACGCAGGAUCCGACAAAGUAUUGCUGAAGAGUAUCCAGGCCUUGAACCCGUAUUGGAGGACUUGCUUCCCAAAAAGUCCCCUCUUAUUGUUACUAAAUGCCAAAAUCAUCUGAAUCUGGUCGUUGUCAAUAAUGUGCCACUGUUUUUCAACAUACGCGAUGGACCCUAUAUGCCUACUCUGCGACUUCUCCAUCAAUAUCCAGACAUAAUGAAGAAGCUACAGGUUGAUAGGGGUGCUAUUAGAUUUGUCCUUUCAGGAGCCAAUAUUAUGUGUCCAGGACUUACAUCUCCUGGUGGCGCUUUGGAUGACAAUGUCGAGGCAGAGACUCCUGUUGCCAUUAUGGCUGAAGGAAAGCAGCAUGCUCUUGCUAUUGGAUUUACAAAGCUAUCGGCAAAAGAUAUAAGAAAAAUCAACAAGGGAAUUGGUGUGGACAACAUGCAUUAUCUUAAUGAUGGUCUUUGGAAGAUGGAGCGAAUGGAUUGAGUUCGCGCAGUAACCGCAGAUGGGUCGCUUUCCUUGGAUUUAUUUUAUUUUGUUUUUGUGGCUAAAG